GUUGUUGAUUCUGAUAACAACACUAUAACAAGAUGGCGUAUAUAUGAAUAUUCAUAUGCUUGGAUAUAUGAACCUGAAAAGGCUAUUCUGGCAGAAGAUAGAAGAGACAGAAAUUCUGAAAUGAUCAACUGUUCUUGGCACAUUAAUUUGGCAUUUUCUAAAAUGAAGAAACAUGUUCGUAUUAACAGUAUUUUAGGUGAACACAAUCAUGAAAUGAACCCUCUUGUUAUUGAACGGCACCGAAAUAUUGAAA